GUUAGGAAUAGGUACUUUUAAAUUUCAUAAUUUUUAUGAAAUGCAUUAAUAUUAAAAUUUAGAGAUAAUUAUACCUUAGUCUUUCCGACUUCCAAUGAAAAAGAAUAUUUACUCUGCACCACGCCAUGCAUUUAUACUUAAGUUAAAGAGUACACUACUACUUGAUGCCCUAAUUUACAGCUUAUAAAAAGUCUCCCAAAACCAACCGUUUUAUUAUUCGAAAUAAGAAAAAACACAAGAAACUCCAAUGGCGUCGUCGUCUUCCAAUUCGAUAGAGGAGGAGGCAACACCGCCGCCGUGGGAGAAACUGCCGCGAGAGAUAACGGCGGCGAUUUUACUAAAGCUGGGUGCGGUUGAGAUUCUGACGACGGCGGUGGAAGUGUGUACGACGUGGCGGAGCGUUUCAAUGCAACCUUCCAUGUGGCGGUACGUUAGGAUGGAAAAAUCGGACGUCGAGUGGCCGCACGACUUCGAUGAUUUGUGCCGCCGUGCGGUGGAUCUCAGCCAAGGCCAACUAAUUGGCAUCACCCUUAAAGGUUCCGGUACCAAUGAUUUGCUUCUCUAUAUUUCUCAAAGGUCCGGUCAGCUCAAACAUCUUGCACUCGUAAAUUGCUACGACAUAACCGGUGAAGGUGUGAAAGAAGCAGUUAAAAAUCUACCUCUGCUUGAGAAUCUGUAUCUAAACCACACGUAUAUCGAUGUUGAAGCUAUUGAAACCGUUGGCCGAAGUUGCCCAUUACUCAAGUUUUUCAUAUUGACCAGCUUCGAUUGGCGCAGUGGCGAAUCUGACGAAGAGGCUCUAGCAAUUGCUCAAAACAUGCCUGGACUCGUUGAGCUUCGGAUUUUCGGAAAUAGAAUGACAAAUGUGGGCCUCAAGGCAAUUCUCGAAGGUUGUCUCCAUCUUAAAUCGCUUUAUAUGAGACGGUGUCACAAUGUUAAUUUCGGAAAAUUAUGCUCCGAAAGGAUUAAAGAUCUUAAGCUUGACGUCGACUCCAUUAAAAAAUACGAGGAGGAAAUGUACUAUGCUAAUGACAUAGGAGGUGUUUCUGACCUAGGUGGCUAUGACGAUGGGUAUUUUGAUGAUUAAUUUCAUGAUAUUACGGUUCUUGAAAAUGAUGGGAUCUUCCUUUGUGUAAUUUCUUUGUUUUGGUGUAUUUGCAUGUUUGUGGAUGGAGAAACUUUAUUUAGUACUCUUUUA